GUUUGUUGCGCGCAUGACGGCUCAGCUGCGGCAUCGGCGCGGUCGCAGAACCGCGGUCUCGUAAACUCAAAUUGAAUCUUAUAUAAUCUAUAUUGGACAAAAGUUUCAGACUUCGAAUUUUUCAAAAUUCAAUUAAUUAUUUAUUAAUAUUUGUUAAGUUAAUACUAGUUUGAUUUUUUAGUGAUACUUGUGAUAAUUAAUAACUUAAAAUGUUGACGGGAUGGAAAUUGCUUUUAUCAAAAUUAUUUAUAAUACCUCAGCGAUGGGUGAUGGCGAUCAUGGGUUUCCUGGCGGUGGCGAAUGCGUACACAAUGCGCGUCUGCCUCAACAUCGCCAUCACGCAGAUGGUGCGCCGGCGCGCCCACUCGCUCGCGCAUGACCAUGGCUCCUGCCCGGGAGACUUACAAGAAGCUGCCGGUGAAGCCACCGAAAUAAGCGGAUACGACUGGGAUGAGGAAACCCAGGGCAUAAUUCUCAGUGCGUUCUACUAUGGGUACAUAGUCACACAUUUACCUGGCGGCAUGUUGGCGGAGAGAUUCGGAGGGAAGUAUUCGCUCGGGUUCGGCGUUCUCAGCACAGCCGUGUUUACUUUGUUUACCCCCUGGACAGUCGCCACUGGUGGCGCCACUGGGCUCAUCAUACUACGAGUGUUGGAAGGAUUAGGAGAAGGAACAACAUUCCCAGCUCUGAACGCGAUGUUGGCACGUUGGGCGCCAGUGUCAGAGCGGGGUCGCAUGGGCUCCCUAGUGUUUGGCGGGGCACAAAUAGGCAACAUCGCCGGUACUUACCUCUCCGGUCUCGUCAUCAAGGAAACCGGUGAAUGGCAAUCCGUCUUCUAUCUGUUCGGCGCUGUUGGCAUCUUAUGGUUUAUACUUUGGGCUAUACUGUGUUACAAUGAUCCGGAAUCGCACCCCUAUAUUUCUGACAAAGAAAAGAAAUACUUAGAAGAAGCACUAGGCAGACAUCAGAACAGCCAGCCAUCUGCAAUACCUUGGAAAGCGAUAUUCAUGUCAGUGCCGCUUUGGGCUCUAGUUUGCGCACAGAUUGGCCACGAUUACGGCUACUUUACAAUGGUGACUGACCUGCCUAAAUAUAUGACGGGAGUGCUCAAGUUCGAUAUCCACCGCACAGGCACGCUAGCCGCGCUGCCGUACGCCGUCAUGUGGCUCAGCUCCAUAGUUUUCGGUUGGCUCUGUGAUAACAUGGUCAAGAGGAACUGGCUCACCGUUACUAACGCGAGAAAGACAUUCACUACAAUAGCUUCUGUGGGUCCUGGUAUCUGCAUGAUCCUGGCAUCGUACUCCGGCUGUAACACUGACACUGUGGUCAUCUUGUUCACGGCUUCAAUGGGUCUGAUGGGCGCCUUCUACCCUGGGAUGAAGGUGAACGCGCUCGACCUGAGCAGCAACUACGCGGGGACAAUCAUGGCAAUAGUUAACGGUAUCGGCGCUAUCACUGGUAUCAUCGCACCAUAUCUCGUCGGAUUACUGACCCCUGAUAGUACCCUUGUGCAAUGGCGAUUAGUAUUUUGGAUAACGUUGGCCGUAUUCAUAUUGACGAACUUGGUGUUCGUGGCAUGGGCGUCCGGCGACGAGCAGUGGUGGAACAGGCCAGCACAAGACAACAAGAAACAACAGGAAAUUGAAAUCCCAACAAAUAAUUCCGUCAACACCGAUAUUAGACUGUAAAUAGAGGUAUAGGUAAAUUAUAGGAUCCUUUAUUUACAUUGCAGAUGCACUUAUUUUAUUUAAUCGAUUAUUUUCGAUCAAUCGAUUCAAUGCGAUUCCAAGAUCGAUAAAUUGUUUAAAUAUUGACACAACUGUUCAUGAAUUAAUUUUUACGAAACUCGGUUUAAAACGGGUAUCGAUUUUUGUCAUUUUUUUUUACACCAUAAGGUGGCAAAAAAGUUAGCGGCCACCUGAAUUUAUUUCAGAUGCGUUGCCUAAUUCUAACCGACGGAGGAGAGGAGGCAAUUAAAGAGAAUAUUCCAUAUCCACUCCCCUUCUCAUCCUUUCUUUAUAUAAAAGAGUGGGAAGGGAAAGAGGAUUAAUUCAAAUUGUU